GCGGCGCUGCUCAUUGCUCCUGUCCCCGCGAAUCGCUCUCUCACCGCGACGUUUCGCGGCGAAACAUUCCGCACGGACUCUGUUGCAUGCGGUCUCAGGGAGAAGAGUCAUUUUCACCCGCUGCCACCACCGCCGCAGUCGCGUUCCCGUGUAAUCGCAAAACGUUUUUUUUUUUUUUUUAUAAUUUUUUAUUUUUAGAAUUUCCGUUUUUUUUUUUUACGAUCGCCAACGGUUUUUAAUUUUUUUAUUUUUUUUUAUUUUUAAAUCUUUUCCCGUUUUCUAUAUACCUACUAUUAUUUCGACGACGAGCAGCCCCGUCCCCGCCCACCCACCAUCGACUCGGGCUUAAACAUGUUCCGUUCUUUUUGUACGCAUAUCACAUAAACGACGCCAUCCGUCGUCUCGUCUCAGGAGAUCGGUUCGGAUCCGCACGACAGUUUUGGAUAGAACCAAUAUAAUUUCAAAAAUCGAUUCUGGACAGUGCUUUAUAUGUGACAUAAGAAAAUUUGUCCUUAUCAUAAUUUUUAUCCGAACCAUUAGAACGCCAGAAAUGGGAGAAUUUUCAUGUUAUGGAUAGCAGUAAUACCCGAUUCAGUCAGAUAUCAAAUCGAGCCGAUAAGGAACAACGGUCGUCACGUCGGUACGGGAACCGACGACAUUCGCUUUCGGAGAAAUGCUGCGAUCGACUACACCGCUACUACGACUUUACGACCUGACCAGGCCCGAUCCGUGUCCGUCGAGCAGGAAAACCGAGGCUAAUAAGAUAACUCACACGUAGCCGUUAAGGAUGUACAAUUCAAACGCCAACGAUUUUCACUCUUUUAAGUGUGAGUUGUGAUAUGAUUGAGUGCAGUACGAGAAUUAAAUAAGAACAUACAAGGAACAGUGAAAUUAUGUAAAGCCUAUCAUUUUAAUGUACUACUAAAGCUGAAUGCGAUUGAAUACGAUUUUAGUUCGCAGAUGGAUCAAACUGUUGUCAACGGCUCGAUCGCGGCGGCCGUCGGCAACGGCACUGCCGGCGGCGUUCCGGGAUUGGAGUCCGACACCAACUGGACCACAGCGGUGGUGGCGCAUGUGGACCUAACUCCGGUGCUGUCGCCGUUCGAGUCCUGGCAGAAGGUCCUCAUCGUCCUGGUCAUCGGCAUAUGCAUGGUCCUCACCAUCACCGGCAACAUACUGGUGCUGGUGUCGUUCAUCGUGGACCGGACCAUCCGUCAGCCGAGCAACUACUUCAUCGCAUCGUUGGCCGCCACGGACAUGUUGAUCGGUACGGUGUCGAUGCCGUUUUACUGCGUGUACAUACUGCAAGGGUACUGGGACCUGGGACCGUUGCUGUGCGACCUGUGGCUGUCGGUCGACUACACCGUGUGCCUGGUGUCGCAGUACACGGUGCUGCUGAUCACGGUCGACCGGUUCUGUUCCGUGAAGAUCGCCGCCCGGUACCGGGGCUGGCGGACCAAGGACAAGGUCAUGUGGAUGGUGGUGCUCACGUGGAUCAUCCCGGCGCUGUUGUUCUUCACCAGCAUAUUCGGCUGGGAACACUUCGUCGGCUACCGGGACCUGUUGCCGGGCCAGUGCGCCGUACAGUUCCUCAAGGAUCCCGUGUUCAACACGGCGCUGAUCAUCGGCUACUUCUGGACCACGCUCAUCGUGCUGUUCGUGCUGUACGGCGGCAUCUACAAGGUGGCGUACGAGAUGCAAAAGAAGAGCGAGGCGAAACAGCGCAAGAUGCAGUCGAUGGUGGCGCUGAGCGCGGGCACCGUUUCCGGUAUGGCCGGUCACGCGGCCGGCAUCGGCAUGUCCAAAACUCAGAGCACUCUGCUAGUGCAGGACAAACCUCAGCAGCAGCAGCAACAGCAGCAACAGCAACAGCUACACCAUCAAAACCAACAGCAGCAACACCAGCAACAGCAGCAGCAGCAGCAGCAGCAGCAACACUAUCAGAACCAACAACAGCAGCAACGACAGCAGGCCGAGGGCGGCAAAUCCGGUUUCGACGAGAACUCGGCGGCGGCGGCGGGUUGCAGGAACGCGGGACCGGACGACCGGAACUCGACGGCCGUGGUGGUGGUGGACAAGGAGCGGUCGAGCAGUCCGGCUUUCGAGUCGGACGAGGAGAGCACGACGGGCGAGAAACAGCAGCAGCAGAUCAACUGGCCGCGCAAAAAGUCCGUAGCCGAACUGAUCGUCCAGUCGGCGCUCGUGCAGCGGUCCAACAGCGGCAUACACCUAUCGCCGUCCGACAAUCUCAUACCGUACUCGUCCGGUAACAACAACUGCAACCACGGUAGUCCGAUCGUCCGGUCGUAUUCAAACGCCGCCGUCGUCAACUGCAGUCAACCGCGACCCCAGACGCCGCCCGACACGCCUUCGCCGCCGCCCGACAGUCGGGUGGACGCGCUCGUCGGCAUGGACACCAGCGAGCUGCACUUCAUGGACGACAGUUCGAUCGUCAUCGGGUCGCCGACGUUCGAGAGUCCGACCAACAGCACCAGCUCGAUGAACGAGACCAUGUCUUCGGCCCAGUGUUCUCCGGCCCACGGUUCCGCGGCCUCGUCGUCGCUGCUGCAGGCCGCGCUCAUCCGGGCGGCCGCGGCCCAGCAGAUGAGCCACUCGUCCGCCAGCGGCCCCGUCGUCGCCAAGGUCAACACGGCCGUCGUCAUGGACGGCGUCCGCCAUCGCGGUUCCGCUUCGGCGGCCGCCGGCACCGGUACCACGACCGUGGUCGUGGCGAGGCGCGGCGACCGAGGUGGUAACGACAACGACGACGACGGGUACGGCGACGACUACGGCGACGACGGCGACGCGCCGGCCACCGGUACCGGCGAGAAAUCUUCGUCCGAGACGACCAAGAGUGGAGGCGGCGGCGGUGGAGGUGGCGGCGGCGGAGGCGGCGGCGACAAGCGAGAGGGCAGUUCUCGAGGCGACUUUGUCCGGACCAUCGGCAAGCGGCUGAAAGUGAAACGGCCCAAAGUGUCGGGCCGGCAAAAGUCCAAGUCCGAGAACAGGGCGCGGAAAGCGUUCCGGACCAUAUCGUUCAUACUGGGCGCGUUCGUGGCCUGCUGGACGCCGUACCACGUCCUGGCGCUCAUCGAGGGCUUCUGCUCCAACCCGCCGUGCACCAACGAGCGGCUGUUCCUGUUCUCGUACUUCCUGUGCUACGCCAACAGCCCCAUCAACCCGUUCUGCUACGCGCUGGCCAACCACCAGUUCAAGAAGACGCUGACCAGGCUGAUGAAGGGCGACUUCCAUAUAUCAUAGGCCCCGCCCACGUCCGCCGCCGCCAAUACGCGAGCGCGUCGCGUAUUCCUGCGACGUUUCUGUUCCUGAAAACGCGAUUAUAUACCUACGUAUUGGUUUCCGGAUCGACGCCCGAUCGCCGGAAGUUGCACAGCGGCCCAUCGGAAAUAAACCCUGACCGCAUUUUAGAAUCCGAACGGUUUUAGUAGUCAUAAUUUUAUCACCCCGGGUACCUACUUUCGAUGGACAUCGUCUCCUCAUAAACUUCGGGAACCCAAUAAACCUCGUGGGAGCAUUUACGGCACAAUAUUAUAACAUAUUCUUACAAUAAUCAUAACUUUAUUUAUUAUAAUAAUACUGUAAUAUAUACAUAUAAAUAUUAUUAUAUACGUGAUAGAAAUGUUGUAAAUAUACUUUUAAAUAGUGUCUUGAUAAAAAAAAAAAAAAAAAAAGGAAAAGAAAAGAAAAAAAACCACCAUAAUUUAUUGGCUUAUACGUUAAUCGAUAUAAAUAACUAAAAAUAUGUGUAGUACCUACACGUUCGGUUUAGCUUAGAUUUUUAUAGAUCUUUUUAUUAUAAUGACUUAAAGAUUUAUUCGUGUAAAUAAAUAAUAUUAUGUGUUUUUGAACAGGGUAACAUCAAAACUGUACUUUAAAAUGUUUAAUUAUUAUUCUUAAAUCUAUUGUUUCGUGUAUAAUAUAAGUAAUAACAUAUACAUAAGACAUAAGGUAUAAUAAAACAAUGUGAUAUUUAUAAUUAUUAGAAUCAUUGCGACAAUAUUUACCAAUGUAGAUUAAUAUUUCGUUUGAUUAUUAUUGUAAAGCUUAUCAAAAACGAAUCCGGUUCACGGAUUAAAUGAGCCCUAAUCUGUAAAUGGAAUUCGUUUUCACUAGAUUUUAGCAACAAAUCAGCUGUAUUUUACAUAUAAUUAUCGUGUAAUUAGUUUAUUUUAGCUAUUGUAUAGAUAAUAAUAUAAUAAUUAUAUGUUAUAUUAAUAUAGUUGUGUGUACUGUCAAAUAAAUUAGUUAUUCAUAUUUAUUACAAUAAACAAUAGGGAUUUUUAAUUUAUAACAA